AUGGCGGCGGUGAUGCGCGCGGAAGAAGUCGCGCGAGACGAUGCCCCGUCCCUCGCGGAGGCCGUGGAGCUGUGCGCGUCGACGAGCAAGGAGAAGAAACUCGUGGGGGCGUAUUUGGCGGCGCAAAUUCUCCAAAAUGCACCGCAGUCGGAGAUCGCCGAGCGCGAUCUCGACGCGAUCGCGCGAGCGCUCGGAUCGAAGUUCAUCGAUGAGCUGCUGCGCCCGAAAUCCAAGGGCGAGGACGCGCGAAUGGGGACGGAGUUGGGUUUGAGGGUGUGCGAGACGCUGGCGAAAAGCGCGCGGUUCGCGCGGAGCGCGACGUGCGCGUACUGGAUCGACGCGCUGAGCGAUGCGGCGAUGCGGAAGGAGGGUGGGAUAUACGAGGGUGUGAGCGACGACGGGGUCGCGUCGGCGCUGGCGAUUUCGUUGCGGCACUUGACUUUGAGCGCGAGCGCGCGCGGCGGCGAAGUGAACAUCGGGAAGCGCUUGGUCGAGGCCGCGGUGGAGGCGCUGAAGCGAACAAAGGGCGAAAUCAUCGGGCGUCUGACCGCGUAUGCGCUCGACGUCGUGGACUGCGCGCUGACGAGGGGUGAGAGAGUGGAGGAGGACGCGCGGGUCGUCGCGCGCGCGGCGCCGGAAAUGUGUCGCGUCUUGAGGGAAACCGCGGGCGAUGGCGCGCAGCUCCGAGCGCUCGCAGCGCUUCACUCCUUGUUCUGUGGUGUGUUACAGCGCGAGCCAGAGCUCUGGGAGACGUGGGACGACGAGCAUCCGAGCUGGCGGCAGGAUUUGCUCGAGGGACUGUGGGUGAUUUUGAGUUCGCGCACGCCGCGCGUGUACAGAUUCGUCGCGCUGGACGUCGCGAGGUGCAUGAGCGACGGCACGUUCGCGAGCGAGAACAUAGAAGUGGACGCGAACGAUGAGGGUGGUGCCGUCCCUUGGUUGUACGCCGCGAAGGCGACACCGCCGGCUGCCGUCCUCGCGGGCGCCGUGAGCGCGGGGUCGACGAAAAAGGUGCCAAGCUUUAUGUGCCUCCUCACCGAGCUCGUGCGAGUGGAGGUCAACGUCGGUCUGUACGCGCUAUUGAACGCUAAUGCCGAUGAUUCUAAAGACGAACCGCUCGAUCCGGAGAAGGAGGCGCUCACGUUCCACGGUUUGACGACGGCGCUGGAACUCUUCCCGUGUCUCAUUCAAGGCGCUGCGGACGUCGCCGAGUGCGAGGAAGCCGGUCGUAUCACGUUGAGCGAAGCGAUGGGAUGUCUUAGCGCGGGCGAGCUGAUGAAAAUAGUGGAAACACUCGCGGACAUUACGUCGAGCAUACUUGAGGUGUUUGAAGAUACGUCAGAUCGCGAGAAGGUGGACCCGUUGGUGUGCGUCAAGAUGAUCCAAUGCGUCAGCGCGCACCUCAUCGAGGCCCCAGAGCUUCACCAGGACCGAAUGGAGAAAUUAUUGACGUACUGGUUCGGUGAAUUCUUGGAUCGAUGCGAGGGCGAUACGCGGUAUUACGCCGAGGCGAGGUUCGGCGAACACUUUUUAACAUUCUUUGGCAUGGUGACGACUUCGUCGUGGGGCAUCGAGCUCAUGUGGGAGUGCGGAUACGUCAGGGUUUUAAAAAAAUUCUUAGAGGACGUUCGCCCGACCGACGGUCCGGCCCAUCCCUUGGUCGAGGGGAUCUUCGCCGCCGUGGGAAGCCUUCGUCAGAAUGUCGACAAUUCCACAGAAGUUCUCGGCGACGUCAAGGCGCCCCUCCUCGAGGCGCUCGACGAGCUCCUUCGCGCGUCGCCCGCGCCCGUUGUGAAAUCGUUGACGCACAUGAUGGCCGAAGCGUCGAUGUGA